AUGCAAAAGGUAUCGCAUCGUUUUCAGCGAUUUCAGUGUUCCAAGAAUUACAACCAUCUGCAAAUUAGAAUGUUAGUCGCGGUGAAAGUCGUAAACAAUAUUUUACUGGGCAGCCAGGCCAUCGUGGGUAUACUUUAUCGCAGCGGUUUGAGUUUGGAGCAGAUCGCCCGCGCCGCACCCAAGAUUCAGAAGGCAUUCGGCUCUUACUUGGACGCGGUAGACACGCGAGCGGCCCAGGUGUGUGACGAGGCAACAUGCGAGGAGCAGUCCAGGGUGUCCUUGCAAGGCAUUCUGCGAGCGACCGGAGCUUCGGUGGAACAGGCGGAGCGGGCCGCCAAGAUAAUACAGACCGCUUUCCGCGAGCAUUAUGAGAGAAUGUUACUGAAUGAGUCCCAAGGCGUGAUUCAGUGGCAACGAGCAGCAGCGAGGACCCUCGAGAUCCUCAGGAAGGCCGGAGCCUCGCAGGCGGAGGCUUCGAACGCGGCCGUUUCAAUACAGGCUGCUUACCGUGGAUAUUAUACGAGGAGAAAUCUAAAAAUAAAAAUGAAGGCGCAAGAGGAGAAGGAAAGCGAAGUAGGCACGAUAGAGCCUACGGAAACCAUUCAAUCCGUGGCCUGGUUAGAUAUGAUGUACGAGGAAUCAAGAUGGACGUUGAAGAAAGCCAACGAAGCCGCUAUUGUUAUACAGAACACGACGGUCAGGAGUUCGUCCGGCUGGAAAAGCCCGACGAAUCGUUUCCGGAACUGGCGGACGACACCGUGGCGGCGAGAGAUCGGAAUGAAGGUCGAGAAAUCGAAGUAGCGGCGGAACGUGACGGAGAAACAGAUGCGGGUCUGGCGUAGAGGGGCAGCCGAAGACUGGGGGCGAAUCCUUUUCCCGAGUGCGCCGGAUGAGCCAAUUAACAUGGAAGCUGCGGCGGGACGGGAAAAGAAGCGACACGGCAAUGAGCGCUCGGUGCACAAAGGGGGUAGUUGGGGGCAAAAAGCGCCGCCUCCGGAGGCCGAAUGCAAGAGACACCGCGGCACUUUAAUACCACAUGCUUACGUUCGAUAAUUCCGUUAACGUGAAUGCGCUUUCGCAGCGAGCGCUGAAAAUUCCCCCGGAACGGCACGCGCGCGACUGCAACGGGCUAAACUAUUUUGCCCGUGUAACGUUAAUUUCAUUCGGCCGAUGCCGAACCGCGCCAGGGCGGCUCGUCCAAAUUUGAUUUGCAUAAUUUUUAUUCCCGACAGUUAGCGCUCUAAUAUCUCGUCACAUUAUUUCGCGUUAAUACGCCCCCGGUGGCCAGUGUUCCUCCGUUGGAAAAAAUCUUCAGCGCUCGGUAUCGCGCGUUGAAUCGCCCGCACGUCUUCCCCGCGCUUUAUUAUAAAGGAGUAGCCGCGAUUCGUGAUAAACUCUGGUUGAUUUUCAAUUCGUUUCUUUCUCCCUUUCUCCCGAAUAUUUAUAUAUCGCUGAAAAUGACUAAAAAAGAGAAAAUAAG